AUGCCGCACUACAAGUUGACAUAUUUUGCGGGACGCGGCAAGGCUGAGGGAAUUCGUCAGACACUCGUCCUGGCGGGUAUCGACUUUGAAGAUGUCCGGGUGACCCAUGGUACUCCCGACUGGCCGAACCUGAAGCCCAAUACGCCGUUUGGGCAGAUCCCAGUGCUGGAGGUCGAUGGAAAAAUGCUCUCCCAAGCCAAUGCCAUCAACAAAUACAUUGCCGGUUUGCAUGGCCUGAACGGCUCGAAUGCGUGGGAGGCCGCUGAGUUGGACGGCAUUGGUAUACACUAUGAUGACCUCUUCAACUCUUGCCGCCCCUUCUACAUGACAAUGCUGAAGCUGCUCCCUGGAGAUUUGAAUGAAGCUUACAAGAACAGCGUCACCAAGGGGCGCGACGCAUUCUUCCCGGCUAAAUGGAUCGAAACGCGCCCCGACACGCCAAUU